UUUCAUUACAAAAAACUUCUUUCCCCUUAAUUUGUUCUUUCAGUACUCCCCGAAAGGGCAGAUGGCGGGAAAUGAGUGGAUCAACGGUUAUUUGGAAGCCAUCCUAGACGCUGCAGGUUCAAAGAAGCAUCCCUUCUCUUACUCUUCUUCUGAACAUGCAACUGCAGUCGUGACCCCUAGUAGGUACAGUCCUACUCAAUACUUCGUCGAGGAGGUGGUCAAUCAUUUCGAUGAUUCAGACCUAUAUAAGACUUGGACCAAGGUUGUUGCAACUAGGAAUGCUCAAGAACGAAACAACAGGUUGGAGAAUAUGUGCUGGAGAAUAUGGCAUCUCGCGCGCAAAAAGAAACAGAUCGAAUGGGAGGAGGCGAGGUUGGUGGCGAAGAAGAGGCUGGAGAGCAGGGAUUUAGGAUAUGAGGACCUUUCUGAGCUUUCGGAAGGAGAGAGGGAGAAGGCCGUUGUCGACUCGCCGAGAAAUGGCGGUGUUAUCCCGAGGAUUAGUUCCGAGUUGGAGGUUUGGUCAGGUGAGGAUGGCGCGGAGGCUAAGCGCCUCUACAUUGUUCUCAUCAGCUUGCAUGGACUGGUUCGAGGAGAGAACAUGGAGCUUGGAAGAGACUCGGACACUGGAGGCCAGGUGAAAUAUGUGGUGGAGCUAGCCCGGGCCCUUGCGGCCACCAAGGGAGUUUACAGGGUUGAUCUUCUGACUCGUCAGAUAUCAUCCCCGGAUGUGGAUAGGACCUAUGGUGAACCUGUCGAGAUGCUCACUCACACAAUGGAUGAAGAUGCGUAUGCAAACGUAGAUGGCUGUGGAGCUUAUAUCAUUCGGCUCCCUUGUGGACCACGGGAUAGAUACAUACACAAGGAAGCUCUAUGGCCCCACAUCCCUGAAUUCAUUGAUCGUGCUCUCGCUCACAUAACCAAUGUAGCUCGUUCUCUUGCUGAACACCAGGCAGACUCCACUGCUGGAUAUUCUAAACCAACAUGGCCAUAUAUAAUCCAUGGUCACUAUGCUGACGCUGCUGAGGUUGCAGCUCACCUAUCAGGCUUACUUAAUGUACCAAUGGUGAUGACCGGUCAUUCGCUAGGCAGAAACAAGCUAGAGCAGUUGGUAAAGCAAGGGAGACUAACCCGAGGUGAAGUUAACUCUACUUACAGAAUUGCGAGGAGAAUUGAAGCAGAGGAGCUUGGGUUGGACUCAGCUGAAAUGGUGGUGACUAGUACAAGGCAGGAGAUUGAAGAGCAGUGGGGGUUGUAUGAUGGGUUUGAUGUUAGGCUAGAGAGGAAGUUAAGGGUGAGAAGGAGGAGGGGUGUUAGUUGCCUUGGCCGAUAUAUGCCUCGCAUGGUGGUUAUACCACCAGGGAUGGACUUUAGCUACGUAAACAUGCAGGAGUUAACUGAAGGAGAUGGAGACCUCUCAUCUUUUUUGGGAUCUGAAAGAAGUCAGAAUAAGAGAGAUCUGCCUCCCAUUUGGUCUGAGAUACUAAGAUUCUUCACAAACCCUCACAAACCUAUGAUCCUUGCACUGUCUCGGCCUGACCCAAAAAAGAAUGUCACCACCCUGCUUAAGGCCUUUGGGGGGUGCCGUGGACUCAGGGAGCUAGCUAAUUUGACUCUGAUACUAGGAAACAGGGAUGACAUCGAAGAAAUGCAUGGAAGCAGCACUGCAGUCCUCACAGCAGUUCUAAAGCUCAUUGAUAAGUAUGAUCUCUAUGGCCAUGUGGCAUAUCCUAAACACCACAAGCAAGGUGAUGUUCCUGAGAUCUAUAGGCUUGCAGCCAAGACCAAGGGAGUGUUCAUUAACCCAGCCCUUGUUGAGCCUUUUGGGCUUACUCUUAUUGAGGCAGCCGCUUAUGGCUUACCAGUGGUGGCUACUAAGAAUGGAGGGCCUGUGGAUAUUCUCAAGGCAUUGAACAAUGGUGUACUAGUAGAUCCACAUGAUCCCGAUGCUAUAUCUGAAGCCCUUCUAAAACUAGUUUCUAACAAGAGCCUAUGGCUAGAAUGUCGAAAAAAUGGCCUCAAGAACAUCCACCUCUUCUCCUGGCCUGAGCACUGCCGGAAUUACCUUUCCAAUGCUGAGCUCUGCAGAAUGCGCCAUCCUUCAACUGCUAUCAAUCUCACUCCACGAGUUGAGGAGCCAAUGAGUGAUUCCCUUCAAAACAUUGAUGACCUCUCUAUUCAGUUCUCUAUCGAUGGUGCUGAUAUUAACACUGCACUUCUAGAAGCCUUUCACCGUCGCAAUCCUCAGCCUGUUGAUUAUUGCUCAAGUCCUUGUAGGAGACAGAAUAUAUAUGUGAUUGCCACAGAUUGCUAUGAUUCCAAUGGAGAGAUUUUGAUGUGUGACUUGUCAUCUGUGAUUGGGGAAGUGAUGAGAGCUUGUGGGCAAGAUGGACACAACGGAUUUGUGUUCUCUACAGGAUGCACAAUUGGUGAAGCAAUUGAGGCAUUGAGGUGUUGUAAAGUGGAGCCAGGAGCUUUUGAUGCUUUAAUCUGCAGUAGUGGGAGUGAGGUUUAUUAUCCAUGGAAGGAUUUGAUUACUGAUGAGGACUACAGUGCACAUUUGGAGUAUCGGUGGUCAGGGGAGCAUGUGAAAUCUUCUGUGAUGAGGUUUGCUAAGAUUGAUGGUGCAAUAGAGGAGGACAGUUUGAUUGUUGAUGAGGGAGCCGGCAGUUGUCAUUGUUAUGCUUACUCUCUAAGACCAGGAGCGAAGGCCCGAAAAGUUGAUGCUAUUCGUCAGAAUCUUCGAAUGAGGGGCUUCCGAUGCAACCUCAUCUGCACUCGAGCCUGCACUCGUUUAAAUAUCAUCCCAUUGUUUGCAUCAAGAGCUCAUGCACUAAGGUAUUUAUCAAUACGCUGGGGCUUCGACCUCUCAAAGGUGACAAUAUUCGUGGGAGAAAAAGGAGAUACUGAUCUUGAAGAACUACUUCCAGGUGUACAUAAGACGAUAAUUCUCAGAGAUUUCGUACGUUAUGGAAGCGAGAGGCACUUGAGAGACGAGGAGAGCUACGAGAGAGAAGAUGUAGUUCCAGUGGAUAGCCCGAAUAUAGCCUCUCUAGCAGAAGGAUGUGAUGCCAGUGACAUAUCGAGUGUUAUAGAGCGCAUUGGAGGAAAACUAUGAUGAUUCUAACUAGUGUGCAAGGACUCUGUGUUUGUUGUUUUUAUCAAUAAUAGUUGUUAUAUUGAGAGGGAGAAAAAAUAACACAUAUAUAUGUAUUAUACCCAAAGAAAGAGGAGAUUUACACAUUGUUUGUUGAUGACAACAAGGCAUACUUGCUGUUGUUUAAUGAAUUUUAAUGAAUAUGGUUACGAGAUA